UUGGAAUAAUUUACAGGUUCCAAUAAUUUGUGUGACCUUGUGCAGCCUCAUGCACGAGUCAACUCAAGUCAAGCUAGGGAAAAGGGAGGGGUUCCAAAGACAACCCAAGACGUAGAGAACAAAUCAUGUUGCAUAGCUGGUUUUCUGCACUAGUUAUGCGGCGGCUAGGCUCCACGUUGUCGGCAGGCUUCGUCCAUGGUAAGGCGUAUCCGUGUCCAACUCCAGCCUAUGCAGUGCAGAGACGUACCAAUCUCCGUGUAACGUGCGUGUGUGUCUAAGUAAAUAUAUGGGUCUGUCUAGGACACAUCUAAGUUGAUGUUCACUCUGCUUGUGGUCUAUUUUUUUUGUCUUGGUUUUUCUUUUGUUUCUUGUUGCUGCAUUAUAUACUUGUGGGAGUUUAGAUGUGACAUCCUUAAAAAACAUCUAGAUGUGACUUAGACAAACUGUAAAUAUAUAGACCCGCCCGGUAGUGUGACUAUCAAGAACGAGAUCGAGAAGCCUACUCAUGGCUGGACCUGACGAGGCCAAGAUGGCGGCAAUGGUGCGCUCGUGGCCGUGGGUCGGCAUGCUGAUGCCGAUGGUGCUCCGCCACCUCCGCAAGUCGGCGUGGCUCUACCUGAUGCCCAUGGUGGCGGCGUGCGUGCCGAUCGGGGUGCUGAGGGCCUACUUCGAGCGGAGCCUCCGGCGGUGCGUCCGGCGGCUGCUCCCGUUCUUCGACCCGUUCAUCACCGUCGACAUCGCCAGCCUGCGCGAGGACUACAUGGACAAGAUCAAGUCCAGCGACGCCUACGAGGAGGUCAAGGCGCACCUGAGCGCCGCGUGCUCGCGGGAGGCGCGCCACUUCCGGGCCGAGGGCGCCGACGAGGGCACCGGCUUCGUGCUCAGCAUGCGGGAGGGGCAGGACGAGGUGGCCGACGAGUUCCGGGGCGUCACCAUCUGGUGGUCCGCUCUCAAGGAGGACGACUACGACAUGCGGAGGUGCUGCCGCCUCACCUUCCACCAGAGGCACAGGAAGCUCAUCGUCGACGAGUACCUCCCGCACGUGCGACGGUGCGGGCGCGCUGCCAUGUCCGGCACCCGCCGCCGCCGCCUCUACACCAACAAGACCAACCUCAGCUACUCUGCUAGCAGGAAAGACGUGUGGAGCUACAUCGACUUUCACCAUCCGACGACGUUCGAAACCCUCGCCAUGCACCCCGACAAGAAGCAGAUGAUCAUCGACGACCUCAACGACUUCCGCAGCAGCGAGGACUACUACCUCCGCAUCGGCAAGGCGUGGAAGCGCGGCUACCUCCUCUACGGCCCGCCGGGAACGGGCAAGUCCACCAUGAUCGCUGCCAUGGCCAACUACCUCAACUACACCGUCUACGACAUCGAGCUGACGACGCUAAAAUCCAACAAUGACCUACGGAAGCUCUUCGUCGAGACGACGGGCAAGUCGAUCAUUGUCAUCGAGGACAUCGACUGCUCCCUCAACCUAACCGGCAGCCGCGCCGCCAUGGCCCAGACAAAGCGAGCGGACGGGGCGCCCAAGAAGGGCAGCGUAGUGACGCUGUCCGGACUGCUCAACUUCAUCGACGGGAUCUGGUCGGCACACAGUGGCGAGUGGAUCAUCGUGUUCACCACCAACCACCUGGACAAGCUCGAUGCCGCGCUAAUCCGGCGCGGGAGGAUGGACUUGCACAUUGAGAUGUCCUACUGUGGGUUCGAGGCAUUCAAGCGAAUAUGGCGAAUCCUAACCAGUUGAGCGCGUAACGCGUAUCACGCCCGUCGCUGCUGCCUAUGGAUCCGCGCGCUGUGGCCCACUGGGUCCCAGCCAAAGGUCCACUUAAUUUCAGUUCCCACCGCUAUACGGGUGAAAUACAGUCAAAUCGUACCUGUGCAAAUCCCAUACGGCCGUACGUAAGCCACCCGUGAGACCCGCAGCUACACCACCACCACCACCCAUCGCCACCAUCACUCCAUCGGAUUUCAAAUUUUGAAUCCCCUCAGCCAGAUUCUGCUUCUCUCCCCGGUGACCCACUUGCGACGCCCCAUCGCACAAACGCCGUCGGGACUGACUUCGUCGCCGGUCUCAAGUUCGCCGCCAUCCAAAACAAUCAAUCCUCAUGGGGAAUCUCUCACAGAUCUGUUAUUCAGCUUUCGCUCCGCUCCCUCCGAUCCGGUCUACGUUCCAGUCUAGGGAACGCCAGAGGAAGAUGAAUGUUGGUCGCCAACAAGGCACUCCGGUGCUCCUUCAUCGUUAGAGGAUUGGGCUCCUUCCCCGUCUAGCCACGGACAAGUGAAGUGCCUGAGUCAAAUUCAGAUGUCUCGUCUACUCCGUGGAUUGCAAGGUACUCC